ACUGUACUUUAUGUUGUGGAUUUUAGUUUCCCAAAAGGAAGAUAGUCCAAAUGAGUUGGCAUCAUGCCUGCAAUGUCAUCAUGUGGCUCCAUUACUCCUCCUAUAUAUCAUUUCCAAAGCUUUGCAAGCAAGCUAGUGGGUCUGCAGUUGAUGACAAAGAGGAGUUAAAGGGGGGGGAGGUAGGUACAUGCUUCAUACUUUUUAGUUAUAUAUAUAGCUGCAAAACCAUGGGUUACAUGCAGAUUUUGGUGCAGGGGACCAAAGAGAAAGAAAAGACCCAGUUAGUGUGUGUUUACUCAAGAGAAAGUGCAGUGCAGUGCUUGGAGAACAAAGCAGGGGAAGCUAUGGAAGGUGGUAGCUCAAAUAGUACAAAUUUAGGACCAAAAACAUCAGAGUUGGAAGCAUUGCAGAAAGAGAGUGAAGAGAAACACUUCAAAAUUCAAGAGCUCAAGAGACAGAUUGAAUUGACAAAACAGAACUUGGAAAAGAAAAAGAAGGAGGUCACAGAGGAGCAAAGGGCAAGUUUCAAGGCCUUAAGCGAGAAAUAUAACAGUCUGAGAGAGGAAUACAAUGCAAUGCAAGCUGCAAAAUCAAGGGAAUCUAAGUAACUUUACCUCUCAA